AGAAUGACGAGAUAGAUCGAAGUCUAGAGCAAGACUGUUACAUCAAUUUCCCGACGACAAGUGAGAAGAAAAAAUUACUGAUGGAGAAAUUCGUCUAAAGAUUUAAAUCAAUUACUUCAAUAAAAUCAAUAGAAACAUGAAUUGAUUUAGGAAAAUUGAAAUGGAAAGUAUCAUGCAGAAUUUUAUUUUGUUUUGAAAUAGAUACAAGAAAUAAUAGAUCUAUUCUUUACAUAUGAGAUUUUAUACUUUUUUUCUGAACUUUUAAUGAAAAAAUAGAGAGAAGAUCUAAUUCUACUUCUGAUAAGAACUAAACCAUUUCCAAAAACAUAUAGUAAUUGUUUUCUGUAAAUUUUUUAUUGAGACUCAUAACCCAAAUAUGAAGAAAAGACAUUUCGAGAUACAAGCAAGAUAUCAGCUAGUUACCUCGAGGGCGGACGUUUAGAAAGCUCAAAGGAAACAACUUUGGUUCAAAAUAUAGCUUUACUCAAGUGAUAAUCUCGCGUCAAUCGGACGCCUUUAUAGCAAUCAAUGAUGACAGAAUAUGUGAAAGGAAAAACGAUGGUGGUCCAACCGUGGAGCCACCUUCCUGCAAUCUUCCGGGAGAGAAACCUACGUGGACAUAAAAACGGUAAUCUGGAGCACCAGGUAUAACCUUGCUACAUAACCUUGCCUCUCCAUGAACUUCGCCUUCACUGGACAGAGCCGCUGUAAAUAUCAAGAGAGCGAAACCGUAAGGCUUGCCCGACCGGAUCGCGUUCCCGAUCACUUUCUCCGGAACGAUGGCCCCUCGUAUAAAGAAAGAUCGUUGGUCUGGGAGGUGGACAAGGAGGAAGGAGAGCGAACGUAGCGAUGGGAUUAAGUUUCUUUUGAACUUAAUAAAUAAUUACCAUGCUUUUCCGUUGGGAUAAUUAUAAAAUAUUAUGCACGUGUCAUUCGUAAGAUUUACGAUAUUAAUUAUCAGAAGAAUUACAUGACAUCGAGAUACAUAAAGAUAAAACACGAAGUGAAAUAUAAAGGAAUAGAACAAAGUUUAGAGUGGAAUCAAUUUUAAAGAUCUCUAUUCAAUUUUUUAAACGAUCUCACAGAUAUAUCAGUAUAAUAAAAUGUAAAAGAAUAGGAUGAAAGGUAAAUAAGAUUGUACUGAAAGAUAAGAUGUAUGUUAUACAUAAUUUAAAAACGAAAACAUUAAAUCAUUAAAAUUUAAAUCUAGGAGAGAAAAAUUCAAAGGCUUUCGAAGACGUCAUAAUAUUUUUCACAUCGAACAACGUGAUCUAAUCAACCGACAAAAAGUAAGAAACGAGAUUGGUCCCAACGCUAAACAGUCGAGUUUCCGUAACAUAGCCUCGCCGGAAUCCACCACUAUCAUGUCUCGAUUUCCUCCAACUAUGGGACUACCUCCACCUCCAGGCCGAUUUUACCACCACUUUUACCAUCUGGCCCAGACACACCACAAGUUACCUUCAGACGAUGGCACUGGGGGAGAAUACGCGCCUAUAUAACUACGGCGUUCCACUGAUUGGACGAAGUAACUUACGUUUUCCUGCACUUAGGGAACAAGAAUACGCGGCCCGAGCCCGACGGGCGGCAUUGCGAGAAAUAUGAGGAUUCGCCCGGGAUGCGUGAUUGCACUAGUGGUGCUAUUGCAAGUCGCAUUUGUGGCGAGCAAAGCAGUGGAUCAAAAUCAGCUGCAACAGAAGUCUCAGCAACAAACUCAAUAUGGCACAUUGGCACAAAAGAGAUGGAGUGAUGACUUGGGAAGUCACAGUAAUUUGGGUUCCGGCUAUGGUGGAGAUUCAAGCGGUCAUGGUGGUGACAUAGGUGGUGGUGAUGGAGGUGGUUUUGGUCAUUCUGGAGGAGCAACAGCACUUUCUACAAAUUUUGGUCAUUCUGGAGGUGAUGACGCUAAUGGUGGUUUUGGUCAUUCUGGAGGUGGUGAUAUUAGCGGUGGUUUUGGUCAUUCUGGAGGUGGUGACAUUGGUGCUAAUUUUGGCCAUUCUGGAGGCGGUGGGAAUGGUGCAGCAAUCGAAGAACAUCAUGACGAUCAUCAUGAUCAUCACGAUCAUGGCUAUUGGAAGAAGAAGCUUAUCUGGAAACCAGGAUGGAAAAAAAUUUGGAAACCAGCAAAAAAACAAAUCUGGAAACCUGCUUGGAAAAAAAUUUGGAAACCCGUAUGGGUUCCAACGCAAAAGGCAAUAUGGAAGGACAUUCAAGUACCAGUUUGGAAAAAAAUUUGGAAACCAGUGUGGAAGGAAAUACAAGUCCCGGUAUGGAAGGAUAUUCAGGUACCAGCCUGGAAAAAGAUCUGGAAACCCGUUUGGAAACCCAUAAAAGUUCCAGCAUGGAAGGAAAUUCAGGUACCCGCAUGGAAAAGAAUCUGGAAACCGGUUUGGAAAGAAAUUCAAGUACCAGCCUGGAAAGAUAUUCAGGUACCAGCUUGGAAAAAGAUCUGGAUACCUGAAUGGGUCAAGAUCGGCAUUCCCGGAGAACAUUAUCACGGUACUGAUCAUCAUGGAUGGCAGUAUACCAGUCAUGAUUUGUGGAAGAAAAAACUAAUUUGGAAACCAUUGUGGAAAAAGUAUUGGAAACCAGCAAAAAAACAGAUCUGGGUACCAGACAAAAAGUUAGAAUGGGUGGAAGCCUGGAAACAAAUUUGGAAACCAGCUAAAAAACAAAUUUGGGUGGACGACAAAAAACUUAUUUGGAAGGAAGAAUGGAAACAAAUUUGGAAACCAUCCAAAAAACUUAUUUGGGUCCCUGAUAAAAAAUUGGAAUGGAAAGAGGCUUGGAAACAAAUUUGGAAGACUGAUAAGAAGCUCGAAUGGGUACCUGAUAAAAAGUUAGCCUGGAAAGAGGCUUGGAAGCAAAUUUGGGUACCAGCUUGGAAAGAAAUUUGGGUUCCAGCAUGGAAAAAAAUUUGGAAACCAGUCUGGAUAUCGGAAUGGUUUCCUAUAGACGAUCACCAUCCUCAUCACGGAUGGGAUCGGAAGGAUACACAGGCUCAAGAUUCUCAGAUAGCUCCUUACAGUCCUGACACUAUUUCAAAGCAAAAUGCUCAGAGUCAGCAACAACAAUAUCAAAUCGAUGAAAAUAAGAUCAGAUGGGAUAGAUCAUUAAAGGCUGAAACUCCAUCGAUUAGUCAAGAUCUGGUACCACCACCGGCAAAGAAUCAAAGCGGUUUAGCACAAAAUUUUACGUUUUCCCAACGCUGAUUAAACAGUAUGAACUUUUACAAAAAAUUAUUUGAGAAAGUAUUGUAACAUAAGCCACUGUAUAUAUUAUUUUAGUCGUAAAAAUAAGUUGUAGAGAGUUAAAAAGAUUAAUCGACAAAGUCCGUAUUCUAAUGCGUUUUAUGUAUAUUUCCUCUACCCUUUUUUUUAUACAAUGUUGUUGUUAUCUUUCUUUGUUAACCGAUGUCGUUAUGAAUAAAGUUAAUUAAUAUUUUGUUAAA